AUGCCGUCUCCCCGGGAUGUGGCCGGCCUAUUCAAAAGGUCAGUCUGGAUGCAGACAUACCACCUGCAGAGUGGGGAGGAGGCGGCGGCACUGCCGGAGAACCUAACCACGCGGCACAGAGGGGCUGUGUGGUCCAUGGCCUUGAUCAAGCUGCUGGCCCUGCUGAGAAGACGCCCAGCAGGAAUCCCCCCAGGAAGCAGGGGAGACAUCACCCGCAAGGGGAGGAAGAAAGGCAGGGCCCGGGUGAUGAGAUUCCACCUGGUUGUUGAUGAGACCAAUAGCUACACAGCUGAGGACCAUGUCAGCCUGGAGGUCACUGUUCAGGAAAUGCGGGAUGUGUUUGGGGUCCUGCUGUGGAGUGGAUUUCCCACGCAUUCCAGGAGGGGAAUGUACUGGGAAGUCUCUGGUGCUGAUCAGAACUUGGUCCAAGAUGCAGUCAGAAGGGACAGAUUUGAGUUGAUUUUUCACUUUGCAGACAGCAGCUACCCAGAUCAGAAGGACAAGUUUUCAAAAUCGAGGCCUGUCUUAAAGCAAAUGAAUAAGAACUUCCUCUCACUUGCCCCCCUGGAAGAGCACUAUUGCUUUGACAAAUCAUCGUGUGAGUGCCUUGAGAGUGACCAGUUCCUAAGUGGGAAGCGUCUCCUGGUUGGCUAUAAAAGCUGGUGUGCGACCACCACACACGGUUAUCUGGCUUGGUGUGAGCCCUACCAGGACGAGUCUCCUGUGGAGGCAGACAAGGACGCAGAGCUGGGCUUGGGGGGGAAUCUGGUCAUGAGCUCUGCUGUUGUGCCGCUCCAGAAGGGCCCGAGUCCCGGUCACCUGUGCUUGGACAGCUUCUUCACCUUGAUGUCAGCUUUGAAGAAAGGAGUGAGGGCCACAGGGGCAACCCGUAAAAAUAGGGCAGAGACAUGUCUGCUUAUGAACGCGGAACAUAUGAAGAAAACAAAAGGGGGUGAUUUUGAUUUCAUGGUGGGAAGGAAUGACGAGAUAACGCUGUGUUGUUGGCAUGGUGACAGUCUCAUUAGCCUGCGCUCCAAUGCUGCAGGCAUAGACCCAGUCACGGAGGUGAGGUAUUCUGCUGAUGGCCAAGCAUUCCCUCCGGUGAGCGUGCCAGCCAUAUUGAGGCUGUGUGAGGAGUACAGGAAAGGUGUGCCUCAAAUGGAUCAAACCAUUUCCAAAUACAGAGUGAGGCUAAGAAGUAAGAUGUGGUACUCAGCUUUGGUGAAUUUGAGCUACGUGAUUGAUGCAGCCAUAAGCAAUGCCGGGCAGCUGCACAGGAUCUGUGACCCAGGCUCUGCUCUCGACCUUCCAGACUUCUGGAGAUGUGUUGUACACUUUUACUUGGGACACGACAUUAAUUUGUUAGGUUAA